UAUUCUUAGUUUCAUAAUGUGGUCGGUUUCCAACGUUUUGGUUCUCCAGUUUAUGCUUCUUUGUAGCCUUGUAGCUGCUGAAGCUUCUGUUAUUCAUCGUCACAAAUUCACUAUUGAAGAGACUCCAUACACGAAACUUUGCAGCAGUAAGAAGAUCUUGACGGUGAACGGGAAGUUCCCCGGACCGGUUCUUUAUGCCACUGUAGGAGAUACAGUAAUUGUGGACGUUUAUAACAAAGGAUCCGAAAAUAUAACCAUCCAUUGGCAUGGAGUAAAAAUGCCGAGAUUUCCCUGGGCAGAUGGUCCUGAAUUUGUAACACAGUGUCCUAUUCAACCAGGAACUAAAUUUAGUCAAAAGAUAGUGCUUUCUGAUGAAGAAGGUACAUUGUGGUGGCAUGCUCAUAGUGACUGGUCUCGUGCCACAGUGCAUGGUGCCCUUCUGAUUUAUCCUAAGAAGGGAAGCCGAUUUCCUUUCCCUAAACCCUCAGCUGAAGUGCCCAUCAUAUUAGGAGAAUGGUGGAAGAGUGAUAUAAAAGAUGUUCUUACUGAGUUUACUGCUAGUGGAGGAGAUCCAAACAUCUCUGAUGCUUAUAUGAUCAAUGGCCAGCCUGGGGAUCUAUUUCCAUGCUCCAAAAAUGAUACAUUCAAGCUAACCGUGGAAUAUGGAAAGACAUAUAUGCUACGAAUGGUGAAUGCAGUGAUGAAUAACAUUAUGUUUUUCUCCAUCGCCAACCACAAUAUCACAGUGGUUGGAUCUGACGGUAGUUAUAUGAAGCCUUUCACGAGCGAUUAUAUUGCCAUAUCUCCAGGCCAAACCAUUGACUUCUUGGUGGAAGCCAAUCAGCCCCGCAACCACUACUACAUGGCGGCUAGGGCAUAUAGCAGCGCUCCCGGCGCCUUAUUCAACCGCAACACCACCACCGCUGUCGUUGAAUACCGCGGCAAUUACACACCAUCUUCAUCGCCAAUCAUGCCUAAUCUCCCAGUCUUCAACGAUACAAACUCUUCCGUUACUUUUACAGCAAAACUCCGAAGCUUAGCCGACAAGAAACACCCCAUAAAUGUCCCGUUGAAUGUCACGACAAAUCUUUUGUACACUAUUUCACUUAAUACAUUGCCGUGCACGAAUAACUCAUGCGCCGGCCCGAGGGGGAGUCGGUUUUCGGCUAGUAUUAACAACUUAACCUUUUCUCUCCCUAGAAUUGACAUUCUUCAGGCUUACUACAAGAACAUCAACCAAGUUUUCACCAGAGAAUUUCCAGAUUUUCCACCCUUGAACUUCAACUUCACGGCGAGUAAUCUGUCCGUUGUGCUCCGGCUGCCUGACCGGAGAACGGAAGUGAAAGUACUGGAAUAUGGCACGGUUGUGGAGCUUGUUUUCCAGGGAACCAAUUUGCUUUCUGGAAUCGAUCAUCCCAUGCAUUUGCACGGAUACAGUUUUUACGUGGUGGGUUGGGGUUUUGGGAAUUUCAACAAGACCACCGAUCCCCAGAACUAUAAUCUUGUGGACCCACCUCUGGUGAACACAAUUUCAGUUCCGAGGAAUGGUUGGACUGCCAUUAGAUUCAAAGCAGAUAAUCCUGGAGUGUGGUUUAUGCAUUGUCAUUUUGAACGACAUGCAACUUGGGGAAUGGAAAUGGCAUUCAUUGUUAAAAAUGGAAAGCGGUCCAACCAAAAAGUGUUACCACCCCCACCGGAUAUGCCCAAAUGUUGAAAAUUGAAGAAUAAUUGAUCAUCUUUCAAUUUUGAUUUUGAGUUUGUUUAUUAUUUACUUUCACUAUUUUAAAAAAAAAAAUAACUUGUAAUCACUCUACUCUGAACUCUCAACGGCUUGAUUUAAUUUGGCAGUCUAUAAUACCUCACCAAACAGAGUCUAACUGUUGCUUUUGGUUGAUGGGGUUGGAGUCACUCUUUCUAGAUUUAUAUGAUUUUGCUUGAAUUUUUUUUUCCUACGAAAAUGAAAAUGAGGAGUGUGUAAUGUCUUUUCUUGUAUUGUACUAUUUUCACAUUAUAUUGUACUAAUAAUUUGUUGUAAUAUGUUUUGAAAGUGUAUUUACUGGUCCUCAAUAAAUAUC